UCGUUCCGUAUGCUUAAUGUUCACCUGUGUUUUAUGCGUGCUGGUUUUGAAUGAAAUAACCACCACUAGCUCUGAUUUUUUUAUUGUGAGCGUGGUAAUGCGUCAAUUGGUCCAACUUAAACCAAACGAGUACUUUAGUUUAAUCAGUGACGAAAGAAUUUUUAAAUUGAUUGUUUACUUCGGCUAACCAAAAUAGUUCAUAAUAAUUCAGCAAGAGUUUUAAUUAUUUGUUAUUUGGAACGUGCUGUCUUUGUCUUGCUAUUGAGCAUUAUUUUGUUUUCAAUAUAAAAACAAUAAAAAAGUUUUAUCCAAUUUGUUCCUGCAAAAAUGUCUGACGGAGAAGCAGUACGAGUCGCCGUGAGGGUGAGGCCCUUCAACUCCAGGGAGAAGUCGAUGAAUGCAAAGCUGAUCAUCAAGAUGUCUGGAAAGACGACCUACAUUACCAAUCCAGCCGACAAUGAGAAGAAAGACUUCGCCUUUGACUAUUCCUACUGGUCGCACGAUGGCUUUAAAGAGGACGGGGAGGGGAAUUUGCUGAAGGACGGGGGGUCCAAUUACGCCACACAGAGGAUGGUGUUUGAGGACCUGGGCCAGGGAGUCCUCGACAACGCCUUCGAAGGUUACAACACUUCUCUGUUCGCCUAUGGCCAGACUGGAUCAGGAAAGUCAUACUCUAUGGUCGGGUAUGGACCCAACAAGGGAAUAGUACCGAUCACAUGCGACGAGCUCUUCAAAACAAUCGAGGGCAAUGCAGAGACAAACAAGACAUUCCAAGUCACUUUCUCCAUGCUGGAAAUCUACAAUGAACAGGUAAGAGAUCUUCUCACGAAGAACAGUCCAAAGGGAGGUCUGGCUGUGCGACAACAUCCGUCAAUGGGAUUCUACGUGGACAAUCUCAAGAAGGUUCCGGUUGGAAGCUACAAGGAAAUCGAAGCCAGAAUGGAAGAAGGUACCAAGAACAGGACAGUGGCGUCUACGAACAUGAAUGCGACUAGCAGUAGGGCACAUACUGUGGUGACCAUCACCUUCGACCAAGUGACAGAGGCGGAAGACGGCAGCAGGAUGAAGAAGAGCUCCACCAUGAAUCUGGUCGAUUUGGCAGGUUCCGAGAGGGCGGAGAGCACAGGUGCGACCGGAGACCGACUGAAAGAGGGGGCCAAUAUCAACAAGUCCCUGUCCGCAUUGGGAAAUGUGAUCUCUGCUCUGGCUGAGAUAUCCACUGGCAAGGCACCCAAGGGCAAAAUGGUUCCCUACAGGGACUCUGUACUCACUAAACUCCUGACUAAUGCCCUUGGAGGAAACAGCAAGACAAUCAUGAUUGCGGCGCUGUCUCCUGCGAGUGUGAACUUUGACGAGACAUUGUCCACUCUGAGAUAUGCAGACAGGGCAAAACAGAUCAAAAACAAAGCCACGGUCAAUGAGAGUCCCACCGAUAAACUCAUCCGGGAACUGAGAGAGGAGAACGAAAAGAUGAAACUGUUGUUGGAAGGAGGUGGUCUGACACUGGCUCAGUUGAUGGAGCAGAGUGGACAGGACGAGAAUGCGGCUAAGGGGAUCAGUGAGGAGGAUAAAGAGGAGAUGAGACGACAGCUGGAGGAGCAGAUCAGACGGGAGAUGCAGGAGAACGAGAAACAGGCAGUCAUGAUGUCAGCCGAUGCAGGCAACCAGUGGAACAACGAGUUGGCAGCAGCCAAACAGGAAAUGUCAAUUGGGACUGGCGACGACAAUCUGGCCAAGACCACUCCGCACCUGUCCAAUCUGAACGAGGACAUCAUGCUCACAGGCAUGAUCCAGCACUACCUCACCAAGGAGGUCACUGUCGUCGGCAGACUGGGUGAUGAUGUGGAAGAUGACAUAUCCAUGUCUGGCAUCAGCAUCAAACCGGUGCACUGCAAGAUAGAGAUGACUAAGGAUGAGGUCAUCAUCUGCCCCGUGGACCAAGGUGCAAGUGUCAAGGUCAACGGAGACACUUUGACAGGUCCAUUUGCACUCAAACACAAGGACAGAGUUUUGUUCGGACUCAAUCAUCUGUUUGUGUUCUACAACCCAAAGAACCCACAGGUGAGAGAGGGCACCCCCGAGAAGGUGGAUUGGGAGUUCGCCUCCCUCGAGAUGACGAAGGAACAGGGCGUGGCAUGGGACGCUCAGGACAUGAACACAGAGCAGCAGAGAGUACGUAAUGAGAUUGCGGAGCUGUACCCGAUGAUAGCUAAGGCCAAUGCGAUCUCCGAGGAGCUGAACAAGUACAAGAGCUUCGACAUUGUCCUAGUUUCAACCAUGAAGGACAAUCCCAGCAACAAGGGCGCUGAUAAGAGUUCUGGUGCCAACUAUCCCCAAGGAAUUGUGGUGGUGAAGAUGACCAAUCUGUUGAAUGGGAACACGUGGCUGUGGGAGAGGAGUCAGUUCAUCAACAGGAAGUUCAUCAUGGAGGAACACUACCAGCGCUUCUCCGAGGGGGACCAGAGUGUACUCAGCAUAGACAAGGAGUUCGACCCGUUCUAUGAGCCGAUUGAGGAUGUGUUGAUUGGGACUGCCACCUACUUCUUGCAGCCUCUAGCCUACAGAGUUGACACUGAUGAAAGGGCCGCCAUAUACGACUACAAGGGCAAAGUGGAAGGAUCAGUGAAUGUGGGGAUUUACCCUUGUGAUCAAACUGGGAAGAUUCUAAACGACGCUUUCGUGGAAGUACCUGAACAGCUUCUGAACCAGCCUUACUUUUUCAAGAUCUUAAUAAAAGAUGCAGAGAUCAGCAAAGCGAGGUUUGCGAAAGGGGUUCAAGUGAGGUACCAGGUGUUGGGAGACAGUUCAGUCCAGAAGGCGGGAGACUUCAAACCUUCAUUGACUCCCAAAUUCAACUUCGAGAGAGUGGUUGCGUUUCCCAAUCUGGGCCAGUAUGAACUGGAGUACCUAAAAAAUGGCAGCAUCAUCUUCCUCGUCUACGGCAAGCAGGAGGAUCUCAGACUAGACCCAUCCAAGAAACACAUGACCACCAAGCAACUGAGGGCGGCGGAAGGCCAGAAGAUGGACGGACUGUCUUCGAGUACGAAUGCACUGAUGAAUGUGUUGUCGGGAGACGACAAAAAGAUGGUGUCCGAUCUGAAAAUUGCGCAGAAGCAGAACCAAGUGCUAAAGACACACGAAAACAAAAUAAAGGCACUGUGCGACAAGUAUUCGGAGAUGCCCCCCACUCCUGAGAAUUAUGCAGCUCUAUUGGAGGAGAUAUCCAGGGUCAUCACCCUCGAACAUACAGUCAAGGAGAAGAUGAAGGCUAUCGCACUGGUUGCCCGUAUGACGGGUGCCGGAUCCUCUAAGCAGGGUCCGGACGAGGAGACCCAAAAAUUGCACCGCGAGAUCACUAGUAUGGUCAGUCGGGUCGAGAACAGUACCCGAGGGCUGGAACAAAAACUCGAGAAUACUAAUCAACACCCUCAGCAACAUGAGCACAAAUCGGAGAAGUCAAAAAAGAAAAGCAAGAAAAGGUCCAAGCGAGCCUCGAACUCAAGUUCAGAUUCGGAGAGCAGUGAAUCGUGUGUGAGCAUUGAGUCCGAACGAAAGAGACAAGAGGCCCCGAGACGCCAUGAUAGCAGUUCAGCCUGUAACCUCCAGUAA